CCUCCCAAGACAUUCAAUCAAUUAAAUACUAGAUAAAGACCUUUGCUUGCCGGGAUGCCUGACCCCACUCACGAAUCCCCAUCACUACCACCGUUACUGAGAAUGGACCCCGAACCAUAUUCCCAGCCCACCCGAAACACCCACGCAGGCACUCCAAGCCGAACAGCAGAACCCGCAAACCCACCAUCCACAUCCCACCCGCCGCUGGCAAAAGCUCCAGCUCCAGCCACAGGCUCCACACAGACCCAGCCCAAGAAACCCUCCCGCUGGCAGAAGCUCAAACAGGAGAACGAGCAGCGCAAGAAAAACAGCGUGCGGUAUGUCUCCGAGGAGGAGUUGAUGCGGCGCACGGGGUAUGAUGGGCGCGGGUAUGCGGUGAGUGAGCAGCGGAAGGAGGAGGAGGCUACGGCGGAGAGGUAUGAGGGCGUGGCGCCGCUGGCGGCGGGGUUGGGGUGUGGGGUUAUGUGAUGGGUUGAGAGGGAUGCGUGAAAGGGGGAUGAAGGGGAAAGAGAGGCGAGGAUUUGGGCGGUAGGAAACUGGGAAGGCAGGGUCUUCUAACCCGUAUGUUUUAUCUCAUAC